UUAGAUCAGCAUUUCACAACUAUCGUAUUCACAAGAAAAGCUCCAACCAACGCCUUUCCUAGUGAGCUUUUGCGUACGCAAACACUCGGAAGAUGGCACCCCCAGCUGCCCCGAGAUCAAUACCUGGCUGAAAGGAGACGUUUCGCAGAAUAGUAAAAAAUCGAGCUUACGUGCUUUACAUGUGCUAUCCAAACAGAAAAGAUAAAUGGUCAUUACUCUAUCUUUCUGUGAUAUCAUUUAUCGCCGGUUAUGACUCAACACUGAAUUGCGGAAAGUGGAUAAAAUUCAAGGUCGAAUGAGAAAAAUUGAGAUACGACGUGCCAUUGAAUUCAAAUGGUGGCUGAGACGACGAAAAUGGAAGAGUUAUCAAAUGGGGAAGACGAUUGCUGUGUUUACAAAGAUGUUGUGGUUGUUGGCAAUGGCCCUGGUGGCAUUUGCAUCUCCUACAUGCUGAAUGGAAACUGGCCAUACUAUACAGGUCAGCCUCACCCUGGUGAUGAGAUGCUGACAGCAAGAUUAAACUACAUAGUCCAGAAUAGUCGCGACGACUCCCCGCGAAGCCCUUCACGAGUUAAUCCGGGGAAUCCCAGGGACAACUCGACUGGCGCGACCCCUAGAAGCGCGAAAAACCCGGACAAGAGCCCGAAAGAUGAUCGACGGAGCCUUUUACUGACCUCGAGGAGUGAUCUGGAGGUCCUCACCAACGGUCUCGAGGGCAGAGGCACCUGCAGGCCUAUGACGCUGCUCCUGGAUCAGCUCCAGCAUCCGUGCGUUGACGCUGGGCUGGACAUUCCGAGUCUUCUGAGCUGGCAAUCAGCCGAGCAUCAUCCCCAGCACAGAGUCAUUGAUCACGUGGUCCUGGGGAAGGGACCGCCUGGGGGUGCUUGGCAUUUCAUGGACCCCAAUGUCCUCACCAUCAGCCUGACAAGGUGGAUGUCACUGCCUGGACUCGAUCUCAGGAAGUGGGAGACUCUCGUCGAGAAGGAACAACUCAGGAAAUCAACUAUUCUGAGGGAGAGAAUUCGGAAGAACUGUUGGAGUCGCUCUAAGGGGACCUUUGAAGUCGACAGCAGAAUUCCGGUGGGAACUGUUGCUGCUUAUUACAAGGAUUACGUUUCGAAAAUGGGACUGACGAAGUAUUUUAAAUGCGGACGCACAGUGACAUCCGUUCGACCGCUUCCGGAUGCGUCAGAUUUGGAUGAAGGCUACGAAUGGAUUGUACAGGGAUACGAGAAUCAAAGUGGUAGGAAAUUCAAGUACAAAUGUAAAAAAGUUGUCCUCGCAACAGGUACAACUAAUUCAUCGAAUCGUCUGGGCCUACCUGGUGAAGAAACCCAGCCCAGUUGGGUGACCCAUGAUCUCAAUGACCUUGAGACACGCCUUGAUCGCCUUGCAGGAAAAUGCAGUAAAUGCUCUCUCAUAAGGAAAGAUUACAAACCCGAGGUUGCGCCAGUACUGGUGAUUGGUGCUGGUCUGAGUGCUGCUGAUGCGAUAAUGGCAGCAAGAUUCAGAUCAAUACCCGUUAUCCAUGCAUUCAGGGAUUCACCCUCGACUGCUGAGGGCGAUAAAGUUGACAAUGAAAAUGAUAAUGGAGUCAGACUGAGUCAGAGUGCCUACGAGAGGCUCCAAACGCUUCCAGUAUCCAUGUACCCAGAGUAUCACAAGGUUUACGAGAUGAUGGCGGAUGGGAGGUGUCACAGGCUCUACAAGGCCCUUCCUGGGUAUAAUUUAAUUGACGUUGAGGUCACGGGCAGUGAUUGCAAUAAGAAGAAGGAGAGGAGAGUGUUUCUGAAAGGACCAAAGAGACAAAUCGUGAGCUUCACAGUCUCCAUUGUUGCUAUUUUAAUUGGAUCGAAGCCAGAUUUAUCAUACCUGGGUGACUUAGCAACACAACUCGGAAAGCAAGAAGGAAAAUUAAUAAAUGGGCGUUCGAAUCCCAUAGAAAUCGACGAUUACACUUACGAAGUAGUAAAAUCACCAAAAAAAGGACUCUACGCAAUUGGUCCCCUAGUCGGUGAUAAUUUUGUUCGUUUCAUUCAUGGUGGUGCUUUUGGUGUUGUUGGACACCUUCUCAGGACCCUAGAAACUGACUAAAACAUCAAUCCAAUCACUUAGUAUUGUUAUUCGUUUAUUUUCACUUUAGAUACCAAUUGUGCUGUGCAAUAGAGAUCUUAUUCUUGUAAAUUACUCUCAUCGUGGGAGAGAAUUAACGUCGGAAUAUUUUUAUACGACGAUUGUGUUGAUAGGUAACAAAUUUUUUAACGGACAGAUGAUUUUUAUUAGAUUUCAUUCGUUGUUUUUUUCGUAUACUGAAAAUACUCUCGAUUGAGAUUUUUUACUGUUUAAUGUACAUUCCUUCGAUGAUGGACCGUUGAAUUGGACAUAUUUUAUUUUAAUUUAUUGGAGUUUUAUUAAUUUAGGGGGUUUUAGGGGUUUAGUAUUUUUUAUAGUAAUUUUUCUACACCUCUAGAGGCCCAAGAGCUUUUAUAUUUUUACUGUACCUCAUAAUCGUGCCUUCACAAAAGAAUAUUCUUUUUUUCUUGUACAUUUGUCGUAGAUUGCGGAGAAAAAUUUUUCAUUAGGAAAUUCUUUUUUUCACUUGAAAUGUACAACGAUAUUUCCCAAAAAUACCCAACAAUUUUAUGAAUUUCUUUCGUGUGUGCUUUCACAAUCGCUGGGAGGAGAAUAUUCCCAGCUACUAAUCCAUUGAAAUACGGGAUCAUGGAUGUUAUGAAUGAUUUCAUUCAUAAAAUGAACAAAGAAUGAUAACAAAGAUAAAAAAACACUUGUUUAGAUUCAUUUUCCACUACAAUCGAAUACUUCAUCGAUCAGUUAUUCGUUAUAGAUUGCAGAGAACAAUGAAACAAUAUUGAUAGAUAAUUCUUUAUUGAGAGGGAUUACCAUAGUCUGUGAUAUGAAAAUUUGUUGACAUGAUGCAGAGAAUAAAAAUCAUUAUGAAACAUUUCAA